GGCAGCCACAGCUGCUUUGGGCCGAGUUCACCAGCCUGUGCCUGGUGUGUCUUCAUGGGCUUUGCAGCAGAUAAAAUUGGAACACAACAAAUAAUUUUUUUCUUUAAAAAAAAGAAAAGUAAAAUAAAAAAGUCUUUUCCAAGAGCUGGCAGGUACAAGCUGGAUUUUACUUUCUGAUGAUUUGGGUAUCCUGGGUUUGUUGGGCUGCAGUAUGGGCUGUCCCUCGGUGUCCCUGUCCCUCCUGGUGCUCAGGACAGUUCUCAGUAGCUGUUUGGAGCCUCAGAGCCUUUUCCCUUGGAAAGGUGCUUCUCCUUCCUCCCUCAAGUUCUUUGCAAGUCAUCAUGGAUCGUUCCGUCCAGAGAGAUCCAUCCCUCCCUGGGAGGGGGCUCUGGGCUCACCCAGCUGUGCCCCUUCCAGGGUGGAGCACCCCGCUGGAGGCUACAAGAAGCUCUUUGAGACAGUGGAGGAGUUGUCCUCUCCAGUGACUGCCCACGUCACAGGCAGGAUCCCCACCUGGCUGCGAGGGAGCCUCCUGAGAUGUGGUCCUGGCUUGUUCGAGGUGGGCUCCGAGCCCUUCUACCACCUCUUCGAUGGCCAGGCUCUGCUCCACAAGUUUGACUUCAAGGAGGGGCACGUCACCUACCACCGAAGGUUUGUCCGGACCGACGCCUACGUGCGAGCCAUGACGGAGAAGAGGAUUGUGAUAACGGAGUUUGGCACCUACGCCUACCCAGACCCCUGCAAGAACAUCUUCUCCAGGUUUUUCUCCUACUUCAAAGGUGUGGAGGUGACGGAUAACGCCCUGGUGAAUGUUUACCCUGUGGGUGAGGAUUACUAUGCCUGCACUGAGACCAAUUUCAUCACCAGGAUUAACCCAGACACCCUGGAGACCAUCAAGCAGGUGGAUCUCUGUAAAUAUGUGUCGGUCAAUGGGGCAACGGCUCAUCCCCACAUCGAGAACGACGGCACCGUUUACAACAUCGGGAAUUGCUUUGGGAAAAACUUUGCCCUGGCCUACAACAUCAUUCGGAUUCCUCCUCUGCAGGCAGACAAGGAAGACCCCAUGAACAAGUCGGAGGUGGUGGUGCAGUUCCCCUGCAGUGACAGGUUUAAGCCCUCCUAUGUCCACAGCUUUGGGCUGACCCCAAACUACAUCGUGUUUGUGGAAACACCAGUGAAAAUCAACCUCCUCAAGUUCCUCUCCUCCUGGAGCCUUUGGGGAGCCAACUACAUGGACUGCUUCGAGUCCAACGAGACCAUGGGGGUGUGGCUUCACGUGGCAGAGAAGAAGAAAGGCAGGCUCCUCAACCUCAAGUACCGCACCUCAGCCUUCAACCUCUUCCAUCACAUCAACACCUACGAGGACAACGGGUUCCUGAUCGUGGACCUGUGCACCUGGAAGGGGUUUGAAUUUGUUUACAACUACCUGUACCUGGCCAACCUCCGGGCCAACUGGGACGAGGUGAAGCGGCAGGCGGAGAAGGCACCGCAGCCUGAGGCCCGCAGAUACGUCCUGCCCCUGAGCAUCGACAAGGCUGACACAGGGAAGAACCUGGUGACCCUGCCCUACACGACAGCCACAGCGACGCUGCGCAGUGACGAGACCAUCUGGCUGGAGCCAGAGGUGAUUUUCUCGGGGCCACGUCACGGUACAACGACACCCCAGCUCCCCCAGGCCAAGUGCUGCCUGCACACCGUGUCCCACAGAGCCUCAGCAUUCAUUUAUUCCUGUUUCCUUGUAGCCUUUGAAUUCCCCCAGAUCAACUACAGGAAGUACGGUGGGAAGCCCUACACGUACACCUACGGGCUGGGGCUGAACCACUUUGUCCCAGACAGGCUCUGCAAGCUGAACGUUAAAACCAAGGAGACCUGGGUGUGGCAGGAGCCGGAUGCGUACCCGUCGGAGCCGAUCUUUGUCUCCCACCCGGAUGCGCUGGAGGAAGAUGAUGGGGUGGUGCUGAGCAUCGUGAUCAGCCCGGGGGCAGGGCCCAAGCCCGCCUUCCUCCUCAUCCUCAACGCCAAAGACAUGAGCGAGGUGGCCAGGGCCGAGGUGGAGGUGAACAUUCCCGUGACAUUCCACGGGCUCUUCAAGAGGGCGUGAGCACACACAGCAACACCCGGGCUUCCUCCAGCUCCCAAAAGGUGCAGCCUCCGUUUACAGGUGACCCAAACUCCCUCCACAGCCCUUUGCCUUUGUGGGGCUGCUUAACUCAGAUCAAGCAGUUCAGUCUUGUCAAUGAUUCUUCAAAAUGGUUAAUCAGGUAUUUUUUAAACGCACCCUUUGGUAUCAUUUCCAGUUAAAACACAAGUUUGGGGCGUUGGAGAGGUUUUGUUUAUGCGAAAUUAAACUUUGUAGCUGCAGCAGAGUGAAAGAAGCUGAAAGAGCAGAGUAACCUCAACACCUUUACAAGUGGUAACAUUGUGUACAACAGGCUGUGCUCUGUUACAUGGUUGAGAAUUUUUAGCCUAUACUGAAGGAUUUUGGGUUUAAACACCAUCCUGGUCAUUGCUGCAGUCUCCUCAGAGCAAUGCCAGUGCACAGCUGCUUUGGGAAUCCCAAGAGGGUGGCAGGUAGAGUUUUGUUCUUCAGCCAGGCUGCAAACUGCACACCUUCCCUUGUGUGUUUGCUCUUUUCCCUUUCUUUUGUCCAAGUGCAGUUCCUUGAUUUCUGGAUUUCAUGUUAAAACAUGGACAUGAAAAAAAUCAAGCGAUUUUGGGCUGACUUUGCUUCCUUAGAGUGCUACAGGUGUUCAGCUUAAUCCUUCCUUCUCCCAAAAUAAACUUGCAGCUGAUGUUAAAAGAGGCUAUUGUUGAAAAUAAAAACUUUCUGCCAGCA